AUGAAACUUUUGGUCAGUUCUCAACUGCUCAUCGCCGUUCUCUUUUGGCAGGCUGAAGCUCAGUCGGAUUAUAUGUGUGUUAAUACAUCGUGUCAAAAUGGAGGAUAUUGUCUUGAUGAUAUCAACAACUCUACCUGCAUAUGUGUUAACGGAUAUAUCGGAACAUAUUGUGAAAUCGAUAAAGAGGUACCGGUCAUAACCUUUUGCCCACCAGAUAUAAAGUUGUUGACCGGAAUGACAACAAACACUGCUGCUGCCGCUUGGACUCCCGCCACCGCUGAAGAUAACUCAGGUGUUCCUCCAAAUAUCGCAACAGAUAUUCAGCAACAAGAUUUGUUGAUGAUUGGAAAUUACCUUGUGUCAGUUACUGCGACAGAUGGUUCAGGAAAUACCAACACAUCAUGUUCCUUCAAUAUAAACGUUAUAGGUAAUAACGUUAAUUCAUUAUCAUCAGUGACUGAUUACCAAAUAGCAGUAUACAUUCUUUGUGUCUUCAUUCUGUUGAUGUCUCGAUUAUUUGUCUUCUUCUGCAG